GGUGCCGGUCUGGCCCCGCCUCGUGUCGGUUCCGUGUGUGUCCCCCCCCGAGCGCCCUCGUCACGUGAUGGGGGCGGGCGCCGCUGGUAGUUGUCAGUGUGGUGAGACCCAGAGUUCUACCUUGUAAAUACUGUUAUUUGUAUAUACUGUAAAUGAUGACAUCGGUGGGCACUAACCGAGCCCGGGGGAACUGGGAGCAGACACAGACACAGAGCCAGACACAGCACAAGCAGCGGCCACAGGCCACUGCGGAACAGAUUCGACUUGCACAGAUGAUUUCAGACCACAAUGAUGCUGACUUUGAGGAGAAGGUGAAACAACUGAUCGACAUCACAGGCAAGAACCAGGAUGAGUGUGUGAUUGCUCUGCAUGACUGCAAUGGAGAUGUUAAUAGAGCCAUCAACGUGCUGCUGGAGGGCAAUCCGGACACGCAUUCCUGGGAGAUGGUUGGGAAGAAGAAGGGUGUCUCAGGACAGAAGGAGAGUGGCCAGACAGAACCCAGUGAAGAAAGCAAAGAGAACCGUGAGAGGGAGCGGGAUUUCAGCAGACGACGUGGAGGGCCACCGAGGCGGGGCCGUGGUACCAGCCGUGGAAGAGAGUUUCGGGGUCAGGAGAAUGGACUAGACGGUGGUAAGAGUGGAGGAUCUUCUGGAAGAGGCACGGAAAGAGGGAGGCGGGGACGUGGCCGAGGCCGAGGUGGCUCUGGAAGGCGAGGGGGAAGAUUUUCUGCCCAAGGCAUGGGGACCUUCAACCCAGCUGACUAUGCCGAGCCGGCAGGCACAGAUGAGAGCUACAGCAACAGCAACACAUGGAACAACACGGGCAGCUUUGAGCCAGAUGAUGGCACAAGACUUGAUUUCAUUGGGGGUGAGGGGGCAAAUUAUCCCCGAAAAUUUGACACUGCUCCUGGUACGAUACCUCCAGGUGCUUGGAGGGCAGCGACAGAAGAAUGGGGCACGGAGGACUGGAAUGAAGAUCUGUCUGAGACGAAGAUCUUCACUGCCUCCAAUGUGUCUUCAGUGCCUCUGCCUGCUGAGAAUGUGACAAUCACAGCUGGACAGAGAAUUGAUCUGGCAGUCCUGCUAGGAAAGACGCCCUCUUCUAUGGAAAAUGAGUCGCCAAACCUGGAGUCAUCCCAGGCUCCUUCCCUGGCCCAGCCGCUGGUUUUCAGCAAUUCCAAGCAGAGUGCUAUAUCCCAGCCUGCCUCUGGGAACUCCUUCUCCCACCACAGCAUGGUGAGCAUGCUGGGGAAAGGGUUUGGAGAUGUCGGAGAGGCCAAAGGCAGCAGUACCACAGGUUCUCAGUUCCUGGAGCAGUUCAAGACAGCCCAGGCUCUGGCUCAGCUGGCUGCUCAACACACCCAGCCUGGUGGGAGCACCACUGCUUCUUGGGACAUGGGAUCUACUCCGCAGACCUCAUCUCUUGUGCAGUAUGAUCUCAAGAACCCAACAGACUCCUCCGUGCAUAGUCCCUUCACCAAGCGUCAGGCCUUCACCUCAACUUCAACCAUGAUCGAAGUGUUCAUGCAGGAGAAACAGCCUGUGGUGACUGCCUCCACAACCGUUCCAGCACCCUCCUCCUCCCCACUGCCCAGCAAAGCCAAUCCUGUCCCUCAGAUGUCCCCAGGCUCCUCGGACAACCAGUCAUCCAGUCCCCAGCCAGCUCAGCAGAAGCUGAAGCAGCAAAAGAAAAAGGCAUCAUUAACAUCAAAGAUUCCUGCCCUUGCAGUGGAAAUGCCUGGCUCAGCAGAUAUCUCAGGGCUCAACCUGCAGUUUGGGGCGUUGCAGUUUGGUUCUGAGCCUGUUCUUGCGGAGUAUGAAUCAACACCCACAACAAGUGCUGCUGUGAGCCAGGCUCAGAGCAACCUGUACACCAGCACAGCGAGCAGUGAAUCUUCAUCCACAGUUUCGUCCAAUCAAAGCCAAGAGUCUGGUUACCAGAGCAGCACAAUGCAGACAGCCACGUUUACCUCCCAGAACAGUGCUCAGGGACCACUGUAUGAACAGAGAUCCACCCAGACGAGGCGAUACCCAAAUUCCAUCUCCUCCUCCCCCCAGAAAGAUCUGCCCCAGGCUAAGAAUGGUUUCAGUUCUGUACAACCCACGCCGUUACAAACCACACAGGCUGUCGAAGGUGCUACAGGCCCCACAGUGAAAUCAGAUUCCCCCUCUGCUCCCAGCAUCACGCCUCUCAAUGAUGGGGUAUCUGCAUCCUCGUUGCUGACGACAGCCAGCCAACACUCAACAGCUCUGAGCAGCCUGAGUCACAGUGAGGAGCUCCCCAGUACGAGCAGUGCCCAGCUCAGCAGUACAUUACCCACCCAGCAGAACAGUCUGUCCUCAUCCACCUCCUCUGGGCGAACGUCAACUUCAACUCUUCUGCACACAAGUGUGGAGAGUGAAGCAAGCCUCCAUUCUUCUGCUAGCACUUUCUCCACCUCCUCCAGCACAGUGUCAGCUGCCCCACCAGCCGUAAGCGUUUCCUCCAGCCUCAGCAGUGUCAGCAGCCUGGGCCUCAGCCUCAGUAGUAACUCCACGGUGACAGCCUCAACUCGCAGCUCAGUCGCAACAACAUCAGGAAAAGCCCCUCCCAAUCUCCCUCCUGGAGUCCCACCGUUGUUGCCUAAUCCUUACAUCAUGGCUCCAGGGCUGCUACAUGCCUAUCCGCCACAGGUCUAUGGAUAUGAUGACUUGCAAAUGCUCCAGACAAGAUUCCCGUUGGAUUACUACAGCAUCCCAUUCCCUACACCCACCACCCCACUGACUGGAAGAGAUGGCAGCCUGAGCAGCAAUCCAUACUCUGGUGACUUAACCAAAUUCGGCCGAGGUGAUGCCUCUUCCCCUGCUCCUGCAACGACUCUGGCCCAGCCCCAGCAGAGCCAGACCCAGACCCACCACACCACACAGCAGACGUUCCUGAACCCGGCGCUGCCUCCUGGCUACAGUUACACCAGUCUGCCCUACUACACAGGGGUACCAGGGCUCCCCAGCACCUUCCAGUACGGGCCCGCCGUGUUCCCUGUUGCUCCUACCUCUUCCAAGCAGCAUGGUGUGAAUGUCAGCGUCAAUGCAUCAGCAACCCCUUUUCAGCAGCCCAGUGGCUAUGGCUCUCACGGAUACAGUACUGGUGUAUCUGUGACAUCCAGUAACACAGGAGUGCCGGACAUCUCGGGCUCUGUCUACUCCAAAACUCAGCAAUCCUUCGAGAAGCAGGGAUUUCACACUGGAACCCCGGCAGCCUCCUUCAACCUGCCUUCGGCGCUGGGCAGCGGCGGCCCCAUCAACCCUGCGACAGCGGCAGCCUAUCCCCCCACCCCGUUCAUGCACAUCCUGACCCCCCAUCAGCAGCCCCACUCCCAGAUCCUCCACCACCACCUGCAGCAGGAUGGGCAGGGCCGAGCAGAAGAUGAGGUGAGGAAGGGCCGGGGUGUGCUCUGCUGGGGGGUCCUCAGCACAGCCCCCUUGCUGCCGGGCUGGACCAGCUUCCAUAUUUGCAGAUGAUACUGUGCUGCCAACGCCAGCAGGAAGAUCAGAGCGGCUCCGGACAGCGCAGCCAAGGCAGCUCCAUCCCUCAGAAAUCCCAGGCCAACAAGUCUGCCUACAACAGCUACAGCUGGGGAGCCAACUGAGGACGGGGCCACCCUCGCCCUCCACUCGCUUCUGGAAGAGCAUCCCACCAAGCCUGACACCGAAGGGUCCUGGGGAGGAGUGGUUGGUGGCGGGGCAGCCCGAAGCCCACAGCCCCCAGCAGGCCUAGCCAGCAGCCGCCUCCUCUGUCUUCAGCCACCUUUUCCUCUUGUAUGUAAUAUAGAAUUUGUAUUUUUUCUCUCUUUUUUUUUUUCUCCCCUUUACUCCCUUCUCUCUGCAUUCAGCCUCCGAACCGUUUGCCGUAGGGGCCUUUAUUGGUUUUGACUCCUUUCUUUCCCCCUCCCCUCCACCUCCUGCUGCCCCCCAGAACCUCUCGGAUCCAAAGGAGUGGAAGCUGCAAGUCGCCUACAGCAACCCCCCCUUAUUAUUAGGAAAUAAGAACAGUAAUUGAUAUGAACAGCAUUGUAAGAUGAAUUAGUUGAAGUGGUUUUCUUUUUUUUUUUGUACCGUGUUCUAAAUUUAAUGGAUAAAUGUGUCUUGUAUAUAAAAACAAAAACCCCA